UUUAGUCUGAAUGGGCGGAGACAUCGCGACGGCAUCCACUCGCUAGUGGUUGGGGGCUCCAUGGAAGAGUCGAUACAAAAGUCCCUUUCCCGGUCAACGUCAGCCUGCCGAAUCUUUCUUUCCACUCCCCUUGAACAGUACCCUGCUGCCCAACAUGCGUUUCAUCACCGCGUCAUGCCUCCUGGCCGUUGGGCUUGGAACAUCGGGUGUGUUGUCACGCGACUGGGAAUGGGACACCAGAAAGCAGGGAUAUUGGUGUCUCACGCCAAACAUACGAAGAACUGAAAAUGGCAUUGCAUACUACGGCAACACCGUCUGCCCGAGCCAAAUCAAAACCUGUGAAGCAGUCUGCAGUCCACUGGGCGGUACCAUCCCCGGCCAAAACGUCUGCAUCACCGAGAACAACAGACAGGAUGAUCCGGACAAGCAAAUCCCCUACUGCUUCAAGUGCCAGUGCAGGGAUGAGAGCUGGCCGAACCUGAGGCUUUAUCCUGGGUCUGUGGCGCGGUUGGAGUGUGAGCGGGAGGCGGAGUGGUGCGCUGUUCAGAGGGAGGCGUUGAAGGAUGAUCCGGUGUGGGGAAAGACGAAGUGUGAAUGUCCUGCGUUGUUGCCGUUGCCUGUUGUGACGGGGGUGGGUGCCGUUGCGGUGGUGUCUUCCACGCCCUUGACACCCUCGAUGACAAGUUCGACAAUUGUGUCUACGGCCAGGAUUGCGACGUCUGAGAGUACGGUGGUGGAAACCUCGAAUAUGGGGGAGGUGCCUACUGCGGUCACUUCUUCCGUGUUCAUUUCUUUGGUGGACGACAUGCAGGGCCGUCCAGUAGUCACCGGCGGACCUCAGCCAUCGUCGCACGAGAAAGAGCAUCCCAAUUCGGAGGAGGCGAUUUCCGGUGCAGCUCAGCCUACGGCUGUAGAGGAGGAAAUCGUUGGUUCAGGGGCUGGGAAAGGGGCAGCUGGGGUUUUGGGAGCAUUGUUGGCGGUGAUGAUGGUGGUUUGAGACGACAAUGAAUAGUAAACCAAGUCCAUCCAUUUGUAUAUCCAGACGGAACCGCGUGCAAAAGUUUCAGGCCCA